GAAAAAAAAAAUUAUAAUUAUAUAUAAAGAUGUUUGUUAAAAAAAUUUCGACAAAUUCUUCCCUCAAUCAGAUUUUUACAAGAAAUGCGAAAUUAAUGACUAACAAAAAGACCAAUAUUAAUAAUCUAUUAUUCGGAAAUAAUAUUCGUCAAUCAUCAUCAUCACAAGAAGAGACUUCUCAUAUUUCUCGAGGACAAAUCGAUAACAUAACUGAUGUUAAUCGACCUCCACCGGGACUUGAUGCAUCUAUUAUCAAAAAUGCUACAAGGGAUAAAGAAAAUCAAGAAGCAAGAAAAGAAUAUGAUCCUGAUGAUGCACCUACUACGGUAGAUAGUCAAGCUCCCGCAGCUUCUGAAUCUGCUAAGCCAGCACAAAUUUUUGAUCCAAAAGAAAAUAAAUUUAUUGAUGCUAAUUCUGCGAGCAAAGAAUAUCAGGGUAAACCCGAUGAAAAUGAAUCUGAUUCUGGUGGUAAAAAAAUUGGUGAUAAGUAUGAUGAUGUGAUUGCGGAAUUGCCUAGUGAACAAGGUAGCGGAUAAUCAUGUUUUUAAGUGUUAAAAUUUUAAUUCGAGUUCUUAUAGUAAAAUUGAAUGAACCAUUUAAUACUUAAAAUAGUAUACCAAUUAACU